AUGGACGGACUUCAUGGCUUCGCAUCACUCCCACUUCUGGUGACCCUUAGCAUACCUAUCGUCCUGUACCUCCUUUACCAUCUCGUCCUCUUUCCGCUUUUUCGUUCUGAUCUUCGCUCCAUUCCAGGCCCAGCCUUUGCCAAACUAACUGACCUAUACCGUCUCCUGGUGGUUCGUACUGGAUCUGCCCACGAGCAUCACCUCCGCCUUCACGAGCGCUAUGGACCUCUUGUUCGCCUUGGGCCCAACAAUGUCUCUGUCGGUUCUCCCGACGCCAUCCCCAUCCUAUAUAAUACACGGACUCGCUACCCCAAAUCGGCGUUUUACCCGGUUAUGGGAAACGUGGCUCAUGGGAAGGUUGUUCCUACUAUUUUCUCCACACGCGACGAAUCUGUUCACGAGACGAUGAAGCGCCCUAUCGCGCAAGUGUACGCCAUGACCAAUCUUAGGACGUAUGAGCCACUGGUAGAGAGCACCGAGUCUUUAUUCAUGAGCAAGCUAGACAAAUUGGCGGACGAAGGGAGAACUUUCGACCUAGGCACGUGGCUGCAUUGGUUCGCGACUGACGUUAUUAUGGAGAUCACAUUUGGAAAGCGGCUUGGGUUUUUGGAGAGGGAGGAGGAUGUGGAUGGCAUCCUGGAAACAAUAGAGGGCCGGUUUUGGUAUGUUGCUGUUCAAAAGGUGUCUCCUGUCCUGGAAUUUGCUCUUAAGCGAAUAGAAGAGCGGAAGAAGGAGCGCCGUGAUCACCCUGAAAAGAAAGGUCAAGAGCGGGACUUCUUGGCCCGAUUUCUGGACAUUAAAGAUAGUCAUCCGUCAAAUAUCCCUGAUUCGUGA